AUGGAAACCAAGGUCCGUGAGGCAACCAACAACGAACCAUGGGGUUGUCCCACCACACUCAUGGCACAGAUCGCUGCCGGCACAUAUAACUAUAGAGAGAGAGAAGAGAUUCUCAGUUUCAUAUUCAGAAGAUUCACCGAGAAGGCGGCCAACGAGUGGAGACAGAUCUACAAGUCGUUGCAGUUGUUGGACUAUUUGAUCAAGAACGGGUCCGAGCGUAUCAUCGACGACAUCCGGGCCAAUCUUUCCAUCAUCAACAUGUUGAAGUCAUUCCACUAUAUUGACUCCAAGGGAAGAGACCAGGGUAUCAAUGUGAGAAACAGGUCCAAGAACUUGGUGAACUUGUUGAACGACGAUGCAUUGGUCAGACUGGAGCGUAAAAAGGCCCGUGCCAACUCCAAGAAGUUCGGCAAUGGCGGCAACCACACCUCCAGCGAAAGCUACAGUGGUGCUGGAUACUCUAGCGGAUACGGAGGCGGCGGCAGUGACGAAGACUUCACCAAUAGGGUUUACGGCGAUGGUGGUGUGUUUGGCGCCAGAUACGAUGAUCCCGCCGAUGCAUACAAGAACGGCGCUACCGGAGGUGACAACAACUUCGAAGAAUACGACGUCGAGGCUGCUCCUUCUUCGUCAUCCCGCACAUCCAAGCCAACCACAUCGUCCUCGGCUGCUCACGCAAGGCUGUCUGCCCUGCCAGUGAAGAGCAAACCUCAGCCCGUCGUGCCUGAGCAAGACUUGUUGGGUGACUUGAUGGACUUUAGUGCAGCUCCAUCCAAACAGGCCGCUCCCACCGCUCAUGUUGCCGCUGACGACGACGACGAUGACGACUUUGAUGAUUUCCAAAGUGCGCCAUCUCUGACCAACAACACGGCUUCGCUUACUAAUAACUUGGCAAACCUCUAUGUUUCUCAACCGGCUGGUGGACAGCGCCCACAGUAUGACCUACCUGUCCAAACGCAUCAGCAAAGCUACAAUCAGAGCGCAUCUCGUGUCUCCUCCGGCCCAGCUAAGCCAAGUAACGAUGCAUUUUCAUCGUUAUUCUCGAGCGCCAAAACCAAGACUGCUACAGCACCAAAAGCUACUACCACCAGUGCUCCUGCUCGCGCAGCCGUGCCCCAGCACAACAAUGACGAUUUAUUCUCUGACUUCACUUCGAACAAACCUGCAGCCCCUGCACCUGUGCAAAAGACCGCUGGGCCAAGCGACUCCGGCGAAGUUGAUUUGUUGAGCUUCUAG